AUGGUCACUGCUCAUAGUGACUGCUGUAAUGCCUGCUCUCGGCCGUGGGAUGGAAGCCGGCCCGUCCUGGACGACGCUCGAGAUGCGGAAGCAAAGAACUCUCCGCCUCUGACGGUUGCUAGGGCACUACGGGAGCAUUGCAAUAUCCCUUUCGACAGCUUCUUCCUUGCCACACACCUUGGGCAUGGCAACUUUGCCUAUUUCUCUGGCCCCGGUCCCAUUUCGGAGGAAAACAUUUGCAAGAUGUUCCUAAGGGACAAGUACCUCAGGUUCCAAGAGCGGGCGUCAUCAAGAGACGGCGUACAGGAAGGGUAUGAGGACGAAUAUCGGUGUUAUUCUACUCGCAGCUCGGCUCCCGUCGACGGCCGCUGGUCGGUCGAACCUACCCGCAGAAAACGGCAGAGAAGGCAGGCCCCAAUGCGCCGUGAACCAGACGACGACGCACCGCCCGUCAUUACCAACUCGAGAAAGACGCUUCUGAUUGGCGACUCGGCGUCCGUGAUGGAGUUUUACGACCGCGGCUUCAAGGCCAUUCAGCAAACCGCCUGUAAAGAGAUCGCCAAAGCCUUCAUCAAGAUUCUCUGCCCCAAAAAGCAGCGCAGGAACGCGUAUGUUGGGGGCGAAAAGACGGCCCCGGACUGGUGGCCUCUGCGGUACGGCCCGGGCGAUAAGGACAAGGUCCGGCACGUCGAGCCUGACCAUAUGUGGAAGAUUGAACGCGUUUACAUCUUGAAGUACAUACUGAGGAUGGUCAUCCAACCCGAGGCCCGGUCACCUAGCGUCCAGGCGCUGGGCGUGCUCACCAUGGAUAAGUUCGAAGCCGCGGCCAUGGAUUCGCUCUCGUCCUGGUUUGUGGAUCCACAUAAGCCCAGGAAUGCAAAGAAAAAGCCCAUCUUGAAGGAGAUCUUCCGGGUUGCCAAGAUGGAGGAGAGGUACAGGAAAAACGAGAUCGAUGCCACCACACAGAUCAUCGUCACGGCCGAUGACAUGGUCAUGAAUCACUGCUUCGACCCGGAGGAGGAAAUGGCCGACGACCUGGCAGAGUCGGCCGCUAUGGAAGCCGAGCGCUGCCGUCUAGACUCACUCUUGACUCGCGUCUCACCGACCCGAAGUACCGCCGUGCCGGUGCUCCCGUCGAUGUCGUCCACGAGCCCAUCGGUCCAGACACUGACUACCCAGUUCCAAGCAACGCCGUUUCUCCACGAGCUGCCGAUCCGCGCCCAGGCGUACAGCGCGCCCGCUAUGCUCCCCGCCGGGCUCACCGCAGAUCAGUAUCCGUACACCGAUCCCCACAGCUUGGCUGCCACCCAUCCUGCGGCCUCUAUGCAAAUGCACCCCCUGAUCACCGGCAGCCCACACCACCAUGCCCAGAGCCCCCACAACUCACAGCACGACACGAGCCGGCGCUCAUCCCUCUUCGUACCCACCACUGAGUUCAACAGCCCCUCACCGUCGGCCAUCUACCAUCACGCGAACCCGUGGCCCCAAUCGCCACAAACCCCGGGGCAUGCCACGCACAGCACGACCGGCGCCUCCUCCCCAGACACGUCCUCCCCUCUAUUUGCGUAUGCGCCCACGCACAGUCUCCCGAGCCACCACAACCACCAUCAACCGCCACCACCGCAGCAACGCCAUCACCACAGCCACGUUCAGCAGCAGCAGCAGCAGCAGCCGCAGCAGCAACACAUCCAACAACAUCAACAACAGCAGCAGCAACCGCAGCAACCGCAGCAACCGCAGCAACCGCAGCAGCAGGCCACCAGCGUUCCGGCGCUGCCGCGGCCGAUGCCCCUGGUGCAGGUGGCACACCAGCAACACCAGCAGCACCAGCAGCACCAGCAGCACCCACACACCAGCACAUACAGCGCCAACACCUACUACACCACCGCUGUACCCCACGGAUUUGAGGCCCUCCCCGAGAUGCCUCUACCACCACAGCACCAGCAGCAUCACCACCAUGGUCUGCCUACCAUUUACCAUCACCACCACCAACAUCAUAUCCAGCACAGCAGCAUCAGCAGCAAUCGGUGA